AUUGCGGUGUUAGUUAUGUAAAUACAGAAGAAAUAAGAAUGGUAGGCAAAUAACGGGAGAGCCGCUCAGCUUCGAUGUCUCCGGUUUCCUCUUCUCCGAUCGCUAAUUCUCAAUCGUAUCCGAGCGCUGCGAGGCUCUCCGAUUCCCUUUGCUAUCCUCAGUACACAGCUUCUCUGAAAUGUCUGGAAGUUAACUACCAAGAUAAAAGCAAAUGUCAAUUGCUAUUUGAUGAUUACAAAGAAUGCAAGAAGAAGGAGAGGGAGGCUCGGCUGGAACGCAAUCGACACAGAUCUUUCUUUCAGUGAAGUGAAGGUUAAGGAAUUCAUAUGCGAGUCAUCAUGAAGAACUAAUAAUGGUGAUCAUCAACUUAAGGCCCUUUUAGAUGUUGAUAUUUAUGUAAUAAGAUUAAAAUACUUUCAUUACGACCCUCUUAUGUAAAACAAAAUUUCAGUUUAAUUUAAAAUUUAGUUUG